AUGACUAAUUGUAUGGAGAAUCAAGUUGCAUCCUCGUUGUAUGAUUCGUUUGGGGAGCCAAAAAUCGCACCUCGAGUUGGGGAUGAAUAUCAGGCUGAACUGCCUCAGUUUCGCGGAGAUUCAAACACUGGUAUGAGUAGAAUGGAUGAAAUAGACGAGCGCAGUUGUAUGGUGCCUGAAAUAUGUGAUGAAUGCUGGUCUGAAGCUGAGAAGGGCUGUUUCCUUGUUGGAUUGUACAUAUUUGCAAAGAACUUUGUCGAGAUAAAGAAAUUUGUUGGGACGAAGGAUAUGUUAGCUGUGCAGUCGUACUACUAUGGGGCGUUCUACUCUUCACCGGAGUAUCGCAGAUGGUUCAGCGCUAAGCACAAGAGAUGCAAAUUAGGCCGGGGAUUGUUUUAUGGGCUAAGGCUGCAAGAAUUUCUAUCUAGGGUGCUACCAAGAGUCGAGGAGGAGUCUCGGAAUGCUCUAUUGGAGGUUUCUAAAUCAUUUGAGAAUGAAAAGAUAUCAGUGGCAGAGUAUGCCUUCCGUUUGAAGGCGAUGAUUGGUACAGAGUUGCUCGUGGAAGCCGUUGGCAUUGGGAGAAAGCAUCAAGAUCUCACUGCAAUGGCUACGCGGCACUCAAAGGCACGCGGCCAUGAUAUGCCAUCAGAGAAGGUUUAUACCUCACUUACAACAGCUGAGAUAUCGAGCUUGUUGAGUGGAGAGCACCGACUGAGCAAGGCCAGAUCGAAUGAUCUGUUCUGGGAGGCAGUCUGGCCGCGUCUGCUAGCAAGUGGUUGGCAUUCAGAGGAGGCCACGAACUACCGAGACGUUGCUAGUUCAAAUGCAAGUCCUAGCCUAGUUUUUCUUAUUCCCGGAGUGAAGAGAUUUUCGAGGAGAGAUUUGGUGAGAGGUGAUCAAUAUUUUAAUACUGUGGCUGAUGUGUUGAGAAAAGUUUCUCAAGAGCCUGCCCUGCUGGAGCUCGACCAAGAAGCAGAACAAUGUGGAUUGAGUAAUGAUGAGAGUUUUUCUGUCACUGUUGUGGAUACAGGCCUCCCAGAUGGGAAGGUAGUCGAAUUCAGAACCUUCCCAUCUGCAGCAGAGAUUAGUCGAGAAAGGACUGAUGCCGCGGAUGAAGAAGCUCGUGCGACUUCCCCUGAUGUGCACAAGAAACGCACCACUCGAGAUCAAGUAAGCAAGAAUCUUGAUAUAUUGCCAUCCACUAGCAACAACAGCAUUGAACAGCAGCAACAACCUCAGUUUUAUAUUGACCUCAACUUCCCUCCAGAGGCCGAGGCUGGCUCCUUUUCUGCUGAGCAAGAUAUCAUCGCUUCCAAAAACAAUGCUAGCUCGAACCAAACAAGGUUUAGCACGAGGCGUAGGCCUCCAACGAUGAGGGUUCUAGAAGCUGUUGCGCACGGAUACUUGAGCGUGAACAAGAAGCAGAAGAAGAAGAAGGAAGACGGGCAAUGA